AUGCCGUGUUCCUUAUUGUUGCAGGCUUCAAGCUUUCGUGCAUUUGAUGCUCGCCGCGACUAUAGCUGUCAUGCUGCUGGCGUAGCUCUACACGCUAGAUGCAGCACCGACACUCAGUACGUUCUCGCAAACCGCUCACAGGGGCCGAACGCUCUCAAUGACACGACUUCUGAGCUCUACGGUAUGACAUCGUAUUUGCUUGAAAGCAUUCAGUCUCAUGCCAACCGCAGUGAGCCGCUUGCAGCGUGCCGCCUGUCGGCCUCUAAAAUCCCUGAGACACUCGGUGCUUCGAGCCCCAUCUCGACCAGCCACACGGCCCGCCUCACACACGCAUCCGAACGCCCCAUCUCUCCACCUCUCGUCCUCUCGUCCUCUCGAUUCGGCAUCUGGUCCACUGCCCCUGCCAAGCCCGCAGGGCUCCGCGCUCUCCAGCCACCUCAUGGCGAUAUCUGA